UCUCUUUCUCUCUCCCCCUCUCUCUGUCCUUAUACUCUCUGACCAGGUGAGAAGGAAAGUUGAUCGCAAGAACUGGGAUACGGAGGGAAAGAUGCCAGCGACGCAGCCGUCCGCCGCGACGCCCGAGUCGACCAUCAUAACGAUGGUCUUCCGUGUGCUCUCCGCAGCCGCUCUCCUCUUCUACGUCGCCAUCUAUCUACCCGUAAGUCUAGUCUGUCCGCCGCCCUGCGACUCUCGUCCGAAAUGCAUCCUGUCCUGCCCUGUCCUGUCCUAUCCUGUGCCCUCCACCCCCUUUCUUCCAUCCGCCACCUGUCCCCGCGCGCCCCUUCCUCCUGCAUCGACAUCGUCGCCCGCGGGCACUCGGUGUUUCUGCAGUUCCCGCCGCAAGGGCUCUCCCACUCUGCAUCUCCCAUUCAUCAGGGUCAAGUCGCUGCCGGAGAGCCUAGAACUUGUUGAAACCGAGAGCCCGGCACGCCGACGGGACUGCGCCUUUACUCCGUCCCUUUAUUCCCUGUGGUGUAGUUCCACACGGUCCUCUCUCCCACAAAUGCGGCCCAGACGCACGAUGAUGUUGUCUCUGUGGCCUGCCGCGUCCCCGUCCCAGCCUGAAGUCGCCCGUCGUCUGUACGAGGAGAAACGUGGGCUAACGCGCUUCGUAUAGUUCUGGCAGCUUCUCUCUCGGAAACGUCCACCUCCCCGACUCCGUACCUAGUUGUCGCCAGUCGUUGCCACUAUUGCAAUUGUUGUUGGAGCCGUCGUCGUCGUCGUCUUCCUCGUCGUC